UAAACAUAAAAAACCAUACAAAGUACUAGAAUCAGAAAAAACAAUGUCUUUGAUAUCAAUAACAAAAGAUGCCAUAUUGCUAUCUAGUACCAUAGUAGUAUAGUUGAAGAGAAAGCUUUCAUUCUUCACUCUCUUUAAAAAACAGUAAUGGAACUAAACUGAUAGGUAUGGCUACUACUACACGUGUUCUCUUUGUUUCCGCUACCACACAUUUUCCCAACCAAUGCCAUAAAUGCUCCCCAGUGGCGAAGUCAAUUCCUCUACCAGUUUCCUCUUCCUCAUUAACCCUAUCUUCUUCUUAUUCUACUUCAUCUCUUUCACUUCCAACAUUAAGAAAAACUCUUAAGGGUGUUAAGAGAGUUGGAAUUAGAACAAGUCCUGUUGUUGCCAUGGCUCAAUCUUCAAAGACUACUGUGCUUGUUACCGGUGCUGGUGGUCGCACAGGACAACUGGUUUAUAAGAUAUUGAAAGAGAGGUCAGACCAAUAUGUGGCUAGAGGGCUAGUUAGGACAGAAGAAAGCAAGCAGAAGAUUGGUGCUGCAGAUGAUGUUUUUGUUGGUGAUAUAAGAGAUGCUGAGACUCUUGUUCCUGCAAUUCAAGGUAUAGAUGCUCUCAUUAUUCUUACAAGUGGAGUACCAUUGAUGAAACCUGGAUUUGAUCCAACACAAGGAAAUAGACCAGAGUUUUAUUUUGAUGAUGGUGCAUACCCGGAACAGGUUGACUGGAUUGGGCAGAAAAAUCAAAUUGAUGCUGCUAAAGCUGCAGGAGUAAAGCAGAUUGUGUUAGUAGGAUCUAUGGGUGGAACAGACCUUAACAAUCCUUUGAACAGCUUGGGUAAUGGGAACAUAUUGGUUUGGAAGAGAAAGGCCGAGCAAUAUCUGGCCGAUUCUGGUAUUCCAUAUACGAUUAUAAGGGCUGGUGGCUUACAAGACAAAGAGGGAGGUAUCCGGGAACUCCUCGUAGGGAAGGAUGACGAGCUUCUAAAGACUGAAACCAGAACUAUAGCUAGACCUGAUGUUGCAGAAGUCUGCAUUCAGGCACUGAAUUUUGAGGAGGCUCAGUUUAAGGCAUUUGACUUGGCAUCUAAGCCUGAGGGAAAAGGUUCACCAACAAAGGACUUCAAGGCUUUGUUUUCUCAGAUUACUACUCGUUUUUAAAUUCGGGUGUCGUUUAUGUUAUCUUAAAAUCCUUCUAACUUACAUUCUGGAUUGAACGGUAAAUCUAUUACUAUAUCUAAAGCAAAUUCACAUUGUGUUUUGGCAAUUUAGAAAAUGUUUGUUUCUUAAGCAAAUUAUAGACUUCCUCAGUUAUGUAAUCUUUGAGAAAAACUCAUGUCUACUUAUCAAUGCAUCAAUUCAUUAUCUUCA